GCCGGAUCUUUGUCUGUUCAUUGGGACCGCUUGCGUGGGAUCCUUAGUAGGGAGUUAUCAAGGCUAGAAUUUUGGUCAUGUCGUGGCGUGCGAGCUAGUGUGUGGUAUGGGUGUGUGCGUGUUGUGCGGAAAUUCGGCUUCUACCUACAUCUGACUUUAUUCAAUGGAGAGAAUAUGAAACAAGUAAUCAAAAUAUUCUCAGGCAAAGUUCGUUUACGUGAAUCAGCUGCUGAUCGGGCGUUGCUCUCAGUUGAAGGCCAGGCUGAAAGUGUUCGUGCAUCGUUUUUGAAACAUCCAGAGUACAAGGGAAUGCCUUACAAGGAUCCGCCUCGUACUAUGGGAGACGGUUUUGCUAUCCUGCAAAGUGCCCUUCUACACUUUUUCUAUCACCAGGAUAUACUAGGAUACGUGACUGUUGACGAGCAGUCCUUAGUUUCUCAACGGCCGAUUUGGGAGUCUAUAUGGCGUUUCGAUCAUAACACAGUGAUCUCCUAUGGUCCGUGGGCCGAGCAGCAGCGAGUUCUGCUUUACAGCUUCUUCUUUCCAUCAGAUUAUCAAACUGCAGUACCAGAUGAACUUCCAAAACGUGGAAAACGGCGGAUUCAUAUUAUGCACGAUGUGCGUAUAUCUCUUCUGAAGGAAACUUCUAUUGACGUAUGGUUUAUGCGUGGUGAUCAGCUAGAAAGUGUCCAUAGUCGGUGUCAACCAGGAAGCACAAUU